AUGCGAGAAAUCUUGAUUCAAGAUCCUGAAUUUAAAAUAAAAGCGAAAAAUGCAUUUCAAGCUGGGAAAAAUGAAGAUGCUAUAAAAUAUUAUAGCGAAGCCAUUCAGCUUGAUGAUAAAAAUCAUGUUUUAUACAGUAAUCGAUCAGCUGUCUACGCAAAAAUGAAUAAAUAUGACGAUGCUUUGAAAGAUGCUGAGAAGUGUGUAUCACUGAAACCAGAAUUUGUUAAAGGUUAUUCUCGACAAGGUGCUGCAUUAUCAUGUUUAAAGCGUUAUGAAGACUCAAUCAACGCCUAUGAAGCUGGUCUAAAGUUAGAUCCUCAAAAUCAACAAUUAUUAGAUGGUUUGAAAAGAGUCAAAUCAACACAGGCAGGACCACUGUCAAGUCCAUUUUCUGAUCCACAAUUUUUAAUACAAAUAAUGACACAUCCAAUAGCACGCGAAUUGAUGAAAGAUCCGGAAACAGCUGAACUUAUUCGACAAUUAGGCGCAAAUCCAGACAAUGAAUUAUUAUAUCAGAAUCCGAAAGUAAUGAAAGUCAUUGGUGUUAUUCUCGAUUUUGACUUGCCCGGAGGGAAUAAUAACGAAAUAUCAAUGAAAAGUGAUCCUACAGCAUUUUCACAACCAACAUCCACACCCAGUACUACCCAAACAGUAAAUUCAGCAACAGAUAAUAAAAAGAAAAAUUUAACGUCAACACAAAAACAGGCCGAAGAAGAAAAAGAGAAAGGAAAUGAAGCUUACAAGAAGAAAGAUUUUACUACUGCACUACACCAUUACGACAAGGCUAUUGAAUUAGACACGAGUAACGUAACAUAUUAUACAAACAAAGCUGCUGUCUAUUUUGAACAGAAAGAAUGGGAUAAUUGCAUCAAACAAUGUGAAAAAGCAAUCGAAAUUGGAAGAGAAAAUAAAGCUGACUAUAAACUUAUUGCAAAGGCCUAUGCUCGUAUGGGAAAUGUUCAUUUACAACGAAAAGAUUAUCAAGUAUCGCUCAAAUAUUUCAAUCAUUCAUUAUCCGAACAUCGGAAUCCCGAUAUAUUAAAAAAGAAGCAAGAAAUUGAAAAAUUAUUGAAAGAUGAAGAAGCAAAAGCUUAUAUCAAUCCACAUAUUGCAAAUGAAGAAAAAAAGAAAGGCAAUGAUUAUUUUCAGAAAGGAGAUUUUCCAACAGCUCUUAAACAUUAUUCGGAAGCUAUUAAACGAAAUCCCACUGAUCCUAAGGUGUAUAGUAACCGUGCCGCGUGUUAUUCAAAAUUAAUGGAAUUUACUCUAGCAUUAAAAGAUUGUGACGAAGCAAUCAAACUGGAUCCCACCUUUAUUAAAGCAUAUCUUCGUAAAGGUAGCGCUUUAAUAGGUAUGAAAGAUUUUGGUCAGGCUAUGUCGGCAUUUGCAAAAGCACUAGAAAUUGAUCCAAAUUGUCAAAAAGCAAUAAAUGGUUACCGUUCAUGUACAAUGAAAGAAAAAAGCAGUAACCCUGAAGAAGUUCGACAACGGGCAAUGAACGAUCCAGAAGUUCAAAAUAUUCUAAGUGAUCCUAGCAUGCAAAUUAUACUUGAACAAAUGCAAAAUGAACCACAAGCAUUAAGAGAGCAUUUUAAAAAUCCGGCUAUUGCACAUAAAAUACAAAGACUAAUCGAUGUUGGUAUUAUUGAUAUUCGAUAA